GGCCGUCCAAUCUGGGACCUGUUUCUCCUCUUAUCUUCCCUUCUUCGAGAACGUCGAUCAUGGCAGUAGCCUCCGCUGACCAGUCAGAGCCCAUGCCGAAAUGUAGCGCCCUCCAAGAUCUACCAGUGGAGCUCUGGACGAGCAUCGCCUUCUUGGCGUACGAUGGCGAUGCUGAGAGUGCGCUUUGCCUCGUCCAGACGUGCAAAUCCUUCUACACCUCCCCAGCAGGCAAGGCAGUCCGCUACCUGACGUUCCUCGACAGGCAUAGCUUCCCUCAUCCUCCUCGGCUGCCAGAUGCUGCCUUCUCAUCUUCCAACUCGGCCUCAACAUCAGACAUCGACCGCGAGACAUCGCUUCUUUCUCAGUCAAGAUGGCCUGGCCGCAUCAACAUUGCUGCUCCCUUCGUACAGUCACGGCAACACGAGAGUGACCUGAAUCCUGUUCCUGUGGUUGGUGACCCAGAAGCUGAGUGGUGGCGGUUGCCCGUCGAUUACUUCUGGCCGCGUCUUUGUGUUGGAGGGAGAAAGGUGGCUGCGCUUAGCAGGUCGGGGAGGAAGCUAGACAUCUGGAACUCAGAGAAGUGGCAUGAGGAGGAGGGCAAUGAUGCAGACGUGGCGGUGAGAUGCGAAGAAGCUAUUAUGGCGUGGGACGUUGAUGUGGACGAGGGAGUGGCGAUCUUGGUGCAUGCGACUUCGAUCGAAAGUGAUGACCACGUGCAUGAGCAGGGAUCAGAAGCAAGCAACAACGAAGACGACGCUCAGCACGCACAAGGGUGGUCAGUGCUACCACGGCGGAGGCCGCUGCACCAGCUGACACUCGCUGUCUACGACUUGGCAACCGGCCAGCCGCACCCCGCCGCCUCGUCACGGCAGCCACGCCAUCAGCUGCAUCGCGCUUGCAUUCCAUCGGAGGAUCUUACAGUCGAAGUCCUGGGUUCGCAUGUCCUGCUGCGGGCAGGUGAUAGCGCAGACGUCUUUCGUUGGGCAGCGGGGAUGGGGCCGUCGAGCGCGGCCACCAGCGACAGGCAUAAGCGAGCCCGAACGGCAGCUCCCACUGCCUCUGCAUCAAUCUCCCGAUCCCAGUCACCUUCAUCCGCCUCCUCCUGGCCGCACGUCUGGUCACGUCCACCUUCCCACUCGCCAGUCCUGUCCGCCCACCUACUUGGCCUCUCCGUCAUCGCCGUGCUCAGCCACCCAGCAAGCAGCGAGCACGCGCGGGACUGGGGAAGCAGCAUUGAGUUCUACCGCUGGGACCAGCAGUCUCAGGAUGGCGAAGCUCGCGUGGCAGAGAUUCAGCUGCCUAUUAGAGCCCGACCGGCCACGGAGCGGUACUCGUACAUCAAGACCGGGCUUGGCAAACGGUGGACGCAGCGUGACCAGAAUGCCGCCGUGGCGGUGUGCAUAGAGGGUUACGUAUGGAUGGCCGACCUGCGCUCCUUUGCGGAUAUACUCUUCCCGCAGCAAGCCUUGGCCGUCUUCGGCAGCUCGUAUCUGACCCUGGACAGCCAGUGGGUUAGGGCGCACAUGCACAAGUGCUCGCUGAGCUCGCCGCAGACGUAUCCUACUUCGCUUUCCCUGUCGGGAUGGCGAGUGGCGGCUAUCUGGUCACGGCCGCUCAGCACCAGCGCAGUGGUGGGUGAGACAGCGACGACUACACAUGGUCAAUCAGUAGCGACGUCGGGAAGCACGCCCCCACCGCAGCAGCAGCCAGAUGAAGGGACCAGCGGGCUCGCGGUCAAAGCUGGCGCUUCCGCGAAACUGCCGACCAUCUUCCUUCGCGCACUUGACGCCAACCCUAGGCACACCGACCCGCAGAAGGUCACAAGUCGGGAUCAAAGGCCGGACCUGCCUGAUGACGAGCCUCUCAUAUACACCGUCUUCACGGGCGAUCGAUUCUCUGCAUACUGCGACCACGAUCUCACACGGCAGCUUGGAGACUCGACAUGGAUGCCCGUGGACGUCCAGAUUGACGGACCUCGUACACUCAUCAGCUCAACGACUUCAUCCAAGCUGCUGGUCGGCUGAGGAGUAGGCGCCAUUAGAUUGCCGUGGUAUACAGCCCUGUUCAGCGCUUCCGCCUCUUUACGUCGCCAAGCAAUACCCAACCUCAGCAUUGAUCCAUCUCACGGCUUCCGCAUCUUCUGAUCUGACCACAGCAUUG